AACAGAUUCUCGGAGCAUUCAGACCUCAGCGAAUCAGAUCGUAGGGAGUGAGGAUUUAAACCUGGACGCUGAACCUCAAAAAUACACCGCAUCAUUCUCCAUUACGACUGCGUGCCUGUCUGUCUGUUGAAGCGACGCAUAUUUCGAAAUGGCACUCCGAUUAACCAGAACCCGCUUGGCUUCAACCAGAAAUGCUGAAAUUCAGCUCGCUGGAAAGGCCUGCACGGUCACCGGGCCCACAAAGCCCCGAGCGGCUCUCGGUGAAAUUGGAAACAUUGGAAUUAACAAAGAAGUACAGAAGAAGGCUGUCAAGACAGAGGCCACAAAGAAGAUCAAAGUCCCCGUCACCAAAGUUGAAAAAGCAGUUGCUGUUGUUGAACAGCCCAAACCAAAAACUGUGGUUCCUGUUAAACCUGAGCCAGAAGUCCAGGUUAUCCCUGAACCAGCCUCCCCAACUCCCAUGGAGACUUCUGGCUGUGCCCCGGCAGACCUCUGCCAAGCCUUCUCAGACGUCAUUCUUCACACUGCUGUCAGGGAUGUUGAUGCAGAUGACUACGAAAACCCCAUGCUCUGCAGCGAAUAUGUGAAGGAAAUCUACAAGUACCUGCGUCAGCUCGAGGUGGAGCAGAACGUCAGAGCCACUUAUCUGCAGGGUCAUGAGGUGACUGGGAACAUGCGGGCCAUUCUCGUUGACUGGUUGGUGCAAGUGAGCCUCAAGUUCCGUCUGCUGCAGGAGACCAUGUACCUGACCGUGGGAAUAAUUGACCGCUUUCUUCAGGACAACCCAGUCCCCAAGAAGCAGCUGCAGCUGGUCGGCGUAACUGCCAUGUUCCUGGCUUCCAAAUACGAGGAGAUGUACCCCCCCGAGAUCUCAGACUUUGCCUACGUAACCGACAAGGCCUACACCACCGCAGAGAUCAGAGACAUGGAGAUGGCCAUCCUGCGAGUGCUCAAGUUCCAGCUGGGCCGCCCUCUUCCCCUGCAGUUCCUCAGAAGAGCGUCAAAGGUUUACGAGGUAACAGCUGAGCAGCACACCCUGGCUAAAUACCUCCUGGAGCUCACCAUGGUCGACUACGAGAUGGUUCACAUGCCACCUUCCAUUGUUGCAAGUGCUUCUCUGGCUCUCAGUCUCAAGGUCUUGGACGCUGGUGAAUGGGACGUGACUCUGCAGCACUACAUGGAAUACACGGCAGAGAGUUUGAUUCCUGUGAUGGCACACAUUGCCAAGAAUGUACUGAAGGUGAACGACGGUACGACCAAACAUAUGGCCAUUAAAGGAAAGUACUCCACUUCCAAGCAGAUGAGGAUUGCCACCAUCUCGCAGCUCAAGUCUUCAGUGGUGACGGAUAUUGCAAAGCAGCUCACCGUAUGAGAAGACUUUUGGCACAAUGUGCCGUUUUGUACAGUUGUAACUUAAACUUUUUAAUGUGACCGAAGGAGCUGCACACCAAGGACCAAAUCAGUGGUUUGCACGUUUUUAUCAACUGAAAUCGUGAAUACUUUUACUGACUCUUUUUCUAAAGCAUGCUACAAGUUUUAAUUUAAAAACUAGCCCUCACACAAAUUGGCAGUUCAGUCUUGGAAUAGGACCUGCUCUUCAGUAAAGUGAACCAUAUCAGGCUUAUUUACUCUGUAUGAGUUUCAGUCUGUAUGACUACUCUAAUCCAACCCUAAUCACUUUUUUACAUCAUAAAUACACUACUUGGGAUGUUGGCUGACUGAAAUCUUGUUAUAGUUAUUUUUAUAGCUUAACCGCUGCUCUGGCUGCAAAUCUAAAACUUGUGGCAUGCUUUCAAAUGGUCCCGAAUAUCUAAAGUGGCCAGGUGUGCAUUUUUUUUUUCUUGUGUGAAUGUGUCAAAUGUACAGCAAUACUUUUAAAAUCCUUUUACAUGCUUAAUUUUCUUAAAGCUUUUAUUAAAAAUAGUUCAGAUCAGA